AUGCCUCACGAUAAGGUUGGCAAUCGGAUUUACAAGUAUAGGGGCGUUAUCAAAGACGUUGCAACCAGAUAUCGGCGCAGUUUUCCUUUGACUGAUAAAACAGCCAUACAAAUGGCUAGAGUGAUUCAAAAAAUUUAUAAUGAUUUGAAUUGCCCACUUAACUGGCCAAAACUUUUAAUCGUAGACAAAGGAACUGAAUAUAUAGGUGAGUGUAGAGAUUUAUUACUCGAAUAUGGCGUAAAAAUUCAGUAUGCUAAAUCUAAGGAAGGCAAUGCUAUAGCAGAGCGUGAUCACCAGGAAUUUGAAAAACACUCUUUUAUUCAACAAGAUGCUAAGGAUUUACUGUUACCUUUAUCAAAACGUUCUAGAGACUGGGUUAGAAGCCUUCGCAUUAAUGAUGAUAAUUUUAAUAGUGCCCCUACUCGGCUAAUAGGUAUGUCUCCUAAUGAAGCGGUAAAAAAAGCAUUAAAAGGGAAGAAGAUAAUUGCGAAACCAGCUAUAAAACAUAGGAGACCUAUCGGAUAUGAUGAACCUUGUUUAUCCCAUUUUGACAUAGUGAGAUAUCUUCUUAAACCUGGCGAACUAGAACAUGGUCCUGCUAAAAGAAGAAUUACUGAUAUGAAUUGGUCUCCUCAGGUUUAUUAUAUCCGCAAAUCUUUGGUACAAAAAAAUCAGCCAAUCUUGUACUGGCUAGAAGAUGAAAAGGGUAAUGGUCCAGAAAGAUCUUUUGUAAGAGAAGAGCUUCAAAUCGUAAAGGAGGUUGAAUACCCCCCUCAAUGGGUACUCACAAAUUAA